AUGCAAGGCUAUACCCCAAACCAGUCCCCUUACCAUCAAAACCAAUCACCCGGUUACUAUCCAAAUCAGCCGUAUCCACAACCUGGCUUUCAGAACAGUCCUCACCGCGGAGGUCAUGGCAGUUACCGCGGCAACAACUUCAAUGGUCCCGACCGACGCAUGUCAGGCCCUGGCGCAAAUCCUCCGUUUGGCGGACCUGGUGGACGAGGGCGUGGUACCGCGCCUACACAAUUUUCAAACCUGUCAUGGACGCCAGCAUCCGGCACUCGAGGCGGCCGCCCCGCCACUGAAGCACCACGUCCACAACCGGCUGUCGCAUCCCAAGCCCCUGCUGAUUCUGCAUCUGUCGACGCCGACGAUAAUCCAUUUCGCCCAUCCAAAGACUUGCGCGUAGAAGACGAAGGCCCCAAAGAGGAAAAAAGACCGGCGAAACCUCCAACGGCGCCAAAGUCAGGGUUUGGGUUUUCGUUGAAGACAAAGAACCCAGUACCACCAGCGAGUAAAGCAAAGCCUGGGUUGGAAGAGUCCGAGAGACCAGAACCAGUUCCUAAAGAAUCUCCUCUUGCUCCCAAGGCAAAGGUGGUAGCCCCAGCGCGCGAAGCUUCCCCCCGCCGCCCGGAACCAAGAAGCGACCGAGAUCGAGACUUCAGGGACAGAGGUUACGACAGCGGUCGCGAGCGGGACAACAGGGAACGAGACCGGCGAUAUGACAACUAUUACGACCGGAAACCGGCUUACCGAGAUGUACGGGAUCAUCGCGACAGAGACGCUCGAGAUAUACGGGAUCCUCGAGAACCUCCAUAUUAUCGUGGCAAAGAGCGGGACUUCCGAGAGCCACGAGACAGAGACUUGCGUGACCCGAGAGACAUGAGAGACCUACGCGAUGUUCGUGAACGGGACCCUCGAGACCUGCGAAGCCCUCGAGAUCCCCGAGAUAUCAGAGAUCGCAGAGAGCCAUACCCACCACGACGACCUGACGAUAGGCGGUUUGACCCGCGCCCUGACCCGCGCUCCGAUCCGCGACCUGCUCGAAGGACACCACCUCCUCAAGUACCGAAGACAAAGAUUGUUACAAGAAAACGCAUGAAGCCCCGACCUACUCUGGUUCCUGAACAUGCAGCUUCGGAGUCAGUGUAUUACAGGAAGCCAGGUAACGAAUCGGUAGUUGGAUCCGGUACGUACGGAAAGGUGUUCAAGGGUGUCCAUGUUUAUACAAAGGACAUGGUUGCCCUCAAGAAGAUCCGAAUGGAGGGCGAACGCGAUGGCUUUCCGGUCACCGCGAUUCGCGAGGUUAAGUUGCUGCAAUCUCUCAACCACGCCAACAUCGUCAAUCUACGAGAGGUCAUGGUUGAGAAGAACGACUGCUAUAUGGUUUUCGAGUACCUAUCCCACGAUCUCACUGGUCUUUUGAAUCACCCGACCUUCAAGCUUGAACAAUCACACAAGAAAGAUCUGGCAAAACAGCUCUUCGAGGGGCUAGACUACCUCCACCGUCGCGGCGUUUUACAUCGAGACAUCAAAGCUGCGAACAUCCUGGUAUCAAACACCGGGCAGUUGAAAUUGGCAGAUUUCGGUCUCGCACGAUUCUACGCGAAGAGCAGCAAGCUCGACUAUACGAACCGAGUCAUCACCAUCUGGUACCGAUCACCGGAGCUGCUGUUGGGAGAAACUCAGUAUGGGCCGGCUGUUGACAUUUGGUCAGCCGCUUGCGUACUGGUGGAGAUCUUCACACGACACGCUAUCUUCCCAGGAGAUGGUGGCGAGAUCAACCAGUUGGACAAGAUCUAUAACAUACUGGGCACGCCCACCGUGCAGGACUGGCCUGGCAUCGUUGAUAUGCAAUGGUUUGAACUACUGCGCCCAACCGAACGGAAGCAGUCAACUUUCGAGGAGAAGUACAAAGAUCGUGUUAGCCCUAUGGCCUUCGAGCUCCUCCAGGCCAUGUUCCUUUUCGAUCCCAACGCGCGACCCACGGCCGCCGACGUACUCGAGCACCCUUUCUUCACAAGCGAGGCGCCGCCACCGAAACGCGCUGAUGCGCUGAAGGAGCUGGAGGGUGACUGGCACGAGUUCGAGAGCAAAGCCCUCCGGAAGGAGAAAGAGAAACAAGACAAAGAGGCGCGGCGUGUUGCGCGGGAAGAGAAGGACACAGCGAGGAAAGACGAGGGUAAAAGACGCGCUGACGCAAAUGUAGGGGAAGAAAGGGAGGCUAAGCGAGCGAAAAGCGGUGAUGCGACGGCGUAG